AUUUCCAUCUUCCUGUGUCUGUGUUAACCAGUCUGGCUGUGGAAUGCAGGAGCUGGACAUCACUCUUUUCAGUUGUUGGUUAUUUUGUCUGCUGGUCACUGAGACUGUAAUGUUGAAUGGUGAUGGCUGGACUUUAGGAGCUCAUAAAGAUGGACAACAGGGGAUUUGGACAGAAAAAGGGCAAAGAGGGGUCUUUUAAGCGUGCAUCUAUUAAACGCACAUCUUCUGGCUCACAAAAGGCUCAGAGGGCAUGGAUUGAAAGGACAUUUCUAAAAAGGGAGUGCAUUCACAUAUUCCCCAGCAAAGAGCCCAACAAGUGUUGUUGCGGCCAGCUGGUAAACCAACAUGUGGCUAUUCUUCCUGGUUCCACCAUUAAGGGUGCAGAGGAAGGCCAGGGGGUGCAGACCGAGCCUCCACAAGAGAAAUGGUCGGUUGCUAAGCACACACAAGCCACGCCCACUGACGCAUACGGCAUCAUUGAAUUCCAGGGAGGAGGUCAUGUCAACAAGGCCAUGUAUAUCCGUGUGUCCUAUGAUACUAAGCCUGAUAACCUUCUGCAUCUGAUGGUGAAAGACUGGCAGCUGGAGCUGCCCACCCUGCUGAUCUCUGUGCAUGGAGGCCUGCAGAACUUCGACUUGCAGCCCAAACUCAAGCAAGUGUUUGGAAAGGGCUUGAUAAAAGCAGCAGUUACCACUGGAGCCUGGAUCUUCACUGGAGGAGUUAGUACAGGAGUGAUUCGGCAUGUAGGAGAUGCGCUGAAAGACCACUCCUCCAAGUCCCGUGGGAAAGUGUGCGCCAUCGGAAUUGCACCAUGGGGUAUUGUGGAAAAUAAAGAGGAUCUGAUCGGACGAGACGUGACUCGACCCUACCAAACCAUGUCUAACCCUCUCAGCAAACUUUCUGUGCUUAACAACAGCCAUUCCCACUUCAUUCUGGCUGACAACGGCACUCAUGGAAAAUAUGGCGCGGAGGUCCGUCUGCGCAGGCAGCUAGAGAAACACAUCUCUCUGCAGAAGAUCAACACACGUCUGGGUCAGGGGGUCCCUUUGGUGUGUCUGAUCCUUGAAGGAGGGCCGAAUGUAAUCUCCAUAGUGUUGGAGAGUCUGCGUGAGGACCCUCCUGUACCUGUGGUUGUGUGCGACGGCAGCGGCCGAGCUUCAGAUAUCAUUUCAUUUGCUCACAAGUACUCAGAGGAGGAUGGGUUGGUUAAUGACAGUGUUAGAGACCAGCUUCUAGUAACCAUACAGAAGACAUUCAACUACAACCGGAAUCAGGCACAGCAGAUUUAUCUCAUGGUGAUGGAGUGCAUGAAGAAAAGAGAGCUGAUCACAGUUUUCCGCACGGCCUCAGAAGGUCAGCAGGAUAUUGAGAUGGCCAUCUUGACUGCUCUGCUGAAAGGCACAAAUGCCUCAGCUCCGGACCAGCUGAGUUUAGCUUUGGCCUGGAACCGUGUGGAUAUUGCUCGCAGCCAAAUCUUCGUCCAUGGACAACACUGGCCUCCUGCUGGGUCCCUUCCCACCUCAUCCACGAGCCAGCAAGAUAAACCAAAGAGCCCCAUCGCCACCCGUGCCAGCAAGGGUAAACCUGUCAGGGCCAAGAAGGGCAAAGGUGCCAAAUCUAAACCUGAGCCUCCGGAGGAGACUGAUCCUAGAAAACUAGAGCUGCUUAACUGGGUUAAUUCUCUGGAGCAGGCCAUGAUGGACGCACUCGUGCUUGACAGAGUGGAUUUUGUGAAGCUCCUUAUUGAAAAUGGCGUCAACAUCCACCAUUUCCUGACGAUCCCGCGACUGGAAGAGCUCUAUAACACAAAAUUAGGGCCGACCAACACACUGCAUUUUGUGGUCAGAGAUGUAAAAAAGGGAAACCUACCACCAGAUUACCAGAUCACUCUGAUUGACAUUGGCCUGGUUCUGGAGUACCUCAUGGGAGGAGCAUAUCGGUGUCACUAUACUAGGAAAAGUUUCCGCACACUCUAUAAUAACCUCUAUGGACUGAAAAGACCCAAAGCUUUGAAACUACUGGGUAUGGAGGAUGAUGACCCAAGACCUAAAGGCAAAAAGAAGAUGAAGAAAAAGAAAGAGGAAGAAAUCGACAUUGACGUUGAUGACCCAGAGGUCAGUCGAUUCCAGUACCCGUUCCAUGAGCUGAUGGUGUGGGCUGUUCUCAUGAAGCGCCAAAAGAUGGCGCUCUUUCUCUGGCAGAGGGGAGAAGAGGCCAUGGCCAAAGCUCUGGUGGCGUGUAAACUCUAUAAAGCGAUGGCGCACGAAUCUUCACGGAGUGAACUAGUGGACGACAUCUCGCAGGAUCUGGACAAUAAUUCAAAGGAAUUUGGUCAGUUAGCAUACGAGCUGCUAGAUCAGUCGUACAAGCAUGAUGAACAGGUGGCCAUGAAGCUGUUGACGUAUGAACUGAAGAACUGGAGUAACUCCACCUGUCUGAAACUGGCUGUAGCUGCCAAACACAGAGACUUUAUAGCCCAUACCUGCAGCCAAAUGCUGCUCACCGACAUGUGGAUGGGCUGUCUACGGGUGGGGAAGAGUAAUGGACUCAAGGUAAUCGUUGGAAUCAUCUUUCCUCCAGCCAUUCUUCUCCUAGACUUCCGAACCGGAGAUGAUCUGUCUUACCAAAACUCCAAAGACAAAGAAGAGCUUAAAGACAAAGAGGAUGAUAACAAAUCUGGCAAGGAUGGCACCGUGAGCAUGGAUGGAACAUCUAAGAAAGGUGAUGAGGAAGAUAGCAAAAAGAAACAGAAACGAGUGCCUGUUGGGAAGAAGAUUUACUAUUUCUAUAACGCUCCAUUUACAAAGUUCUGGUUCAAUACGACUGCUUACCUGGUAUACCUGAUGCUGUAUAAUUACAUCAUCCUGGUGAAAAUGGAGAGAUGGCCAUCACUGCAGGAAUGGAUUGUCAUCUCCUACAUUAUCACACUUGGAUUGGAGAAAGUUAGACAGAUCCUGAUGUCAGAGCCAGGAAAGCUGAAACAGAAGAUAAACGUUUGGCUUGAAGAGUACUGGAAUAUCACCGACCUGGCUGCCAUCACCACGUUCCUCAUGGGACUGUUACUGCGAUUGCAGAAUGAGCCUUACAUGGGAUACGGACGUGUCAUCUACUGUGUAGACAUCAUCUUCUGGUACAUUCGUGUCCUCGAUAUCUUUGGAGUUAACAAGUAUUUGGGACCAUAUGUCAUGAUGAUUGGUAAAAUGAUGAUUGACAUGCUGUACUUUGUGGUGAUCAUGCUGGUGGUUCUCAUGAGUUUCGGCGUGGCACGUCAGGCCAUCCUGCACCCGGACGAGGAGCCGACGUGGCGCCUGGCGAGGAAUAUCUUCUACAUGCCCUACUGGAUGAUCUAUGGCGAAGUGUUUGCUGACUCGAUAGACCUCUAUGCGAUGGAGAUUAAUCCACCCUGUGGUGAAAACAUGUAUGAUGAAGAUGGGAAGAAGCUCCCUCCAUGUAUACCAGGGGCCUGGCUCACACCUGCCAUCAUGGCUUGUUACUUAUUGGUAGCCAACAUCCUACUAGUCAACCUGCUCAUUGCUGUAUUCAAUAACACGUUCUUUGAAGUGAAAUCUAUCUCCAACCAAGUGUGGAAGUUCCAGCGCUACCAGCUCAUCAUGACUUUUCACGACAGGCCCGUGCUUCCUCCUCCCCUCAUCAUCUUCAGCCACAUAUACAUUGUGUUGAAGCGACUGUGCUGCCGCUGCAGGAAGAAACAGGAAGGGGAGCUGGAUGAGAGAGACCGCGGGCUGAAGUUGACUCUGAGUCCAGAGGAACUGAAAAGUCUGUAUGAGUUUGAGGAACAGUGUGUGGAGGAGUACUUCAGAGAGAAGGAGGACGAGGCGCAGUCUUCCAACGAUGAGCGAAUCCGAAUCACUUCCCAGAGGGUCGAGAACAUGUCCAUGCGCCUAGAGGAGGUGAAUGAACGAGAGCACUCCAUGAAAGCCUCUCUGCAGACAGUAGACCUGCGCUUGGCUCAGCUAGAGGAGUUCUCCGGCCGCAUGAUGCAUGCGAUGGAGCGGCUGGCUGGCAUUGACCGCUGCGAGCUGGUUCACGCUCGAUCCGGGAGCUCUAUGGCCGUGGACCAAUCCGGCCUGCUUCGCCGCAGUAGCAUCAACAGCGCAGACGGCUACAGUUUGUACCGCUGGCACCUGGAUGCCGAGGACCGCGGUGAGGAGAUGUCAGGAGACAGGAAGGGCCAUGCAGAGAGACGCGGCAGCAUUGGCAGCAGCGACUUCCUACUAAACCCUCAACAAGCUUCAUGCUACGGACCCACGCUGGACGUAGUGCCCCUCCGGCAAAGGACACGCUCCAGCUCCAGUGUGGACAUCCUCAUCUCUCCUUGCGAGUCACAAGACAGAGACCAGACCUCUCAAUCCCCAAAACUCACCUCUGGUCAGCACACUAAAGACACUCAAGCUCAGCUAGAAGCUGGAAUAGAUGUAGCAGUUUCACAUCCUCUGGAAAGGGCGAAAUCCUUGAGUCUGUACCCAACUGAAGCUCAGAGUAACUCCCUUUCGUAUGAGAACAGAUCCCAAAGUGGUACUUUGUACGUUUCGAUGCCACAGUCGAGGUUGCGUGAUCCAGGGAAUACUUGGGCUUCGGAGCCCCAUGGCCUGCAGGAUCAAGCAAGCAGAUCACCAACACUAGGUCGCUGGCCACCACGCUUCGAUGACAAAGUUCAUCCCUCCCCAUUCAGCCUUUCACCCAAAACAGGCCCAAGAGAGGCCCAAGAUGAAGAAGGUUCUUCUAAGGAGAGCAAGAGGACAAUAAUGCAACAAGGGGAAAGUGAGGAGAAGAAAGAUGGGGAUCAGUCAGAGGUCAAUAGCGAAAGCACCAAAACGGGAGGAGAAGAGAAGCGAGAGGAGCUGAUGGACUCGGAUCACUUGUAUGUAGCGGAGGACAGGAUGUACCCCUCGCUUAGAUCUAAGAGUCUGAACACUAACCCACGAAAGGUGAAGGCCAGAGGGAACAUCCUGGAUAAACCUCGAGCUGCCAGUAGUGUGAAAGACCUGGCAGGGGCUUUUGAAGUCAACACCAAUGACUAUAAACCCUCCAGAGAGAGGACGAGCACGCAGACAUGAGCAGUCACGCUGGGAUUUUAUCUGCUGUUGCAAGAUCAUCGCAGUAGUGCUAGCUAAAAAAAGCUGAUUUUCAUCGUUUUCCAGUGUGGAACACACUUCUAACUAACACUAGUUAUGCUUGUGCAUUGACAUCUUAGCUAGCAGGCCUAUUUUCACACAUGUAUAAUUAUGAGGUACACUGCCAUUGAAAAUUUUUGGAUUAGUAAGACUUGUAAUGUUUUUAAAGAAGUUUCUUAUGCUCAUCAAGGCUGCAUUUAUUUGAUCAAAAAUACAGAAAAAAACAGUGUUGCGAAAUGUUAUUACAAUAUAAAAUAAUGGUUUCUAUUUUAAUAUACACUACCAUUCAAAAGUUUGGGGUCAGUACAUUUUUAUUGUUUCUUUUUUUUUUAUUUAUUUUUUUUAUUUUUUAAGAAAUUAAUACUUUUAUUCACCAAGGAUGUAGUAAGUUAAUAAUUAAAAGUUUAUUAAAAGUUAAUAAUAAAUAAUUGACAUUGUUAUAAAAUAUUUAUAUUUUGAAUAAACACUGUACUUUUUAAACUUGUUAUUCAUGAAAGAAUCCUGAAAAAAAAAAAAUCACAGGUUCCAAAAAAUAUUUAGCAGCACAACUGUUGAUAUUAUCCAACAUUGAUCAUUCUAAUAAUAAAUCCGCAUAUUAGAAUGAUUUCUGAAGGAUCAUGUGACACUUAAGACUGGAGUAACAGCUGAUAAAAAUUCAGCUUUUCAUCACAGGAAUAAAUUCUAUUUUAAAGUAUGUUAAAAUAAAAAACAUUAUUUUAUAUUGUAAAAACAUUUUGCAAUAUUACUGUUUUUUUUUCUAUAUUUUUAAUCAAAUAAAUGCAGCCUUGAUGACCAUAAGAGACUUCUUUAAAGACUAUUACAAGUCUUACUGACCCCAAACUUUUGAACGGUAGUGUACUUCAAAGUACAAUUUAUUCUUGUGAUGCAAUGCUGAAUUUUCAUUAUUUUCAAUUUUUCAGUCUUAAGCAUCACAUGAUCCUUCAGGAAACAUUCUAAUUGACUUAUUAUUAGAAUUAUCUAUGUUGGCAACAAUUGUGCUGCCAAGUAAUUUUUGAACCUGUGAUACUUUUUUUCAGGAUUCGUUGAUGAAUAAAAAGAACAGCAUUUAUUCAAAAUAUAAAUCUUUAUCUAUAAGUCUAUCACUUUUUAUUAAUUUAACACAUCCUUGCUGAAUAAAAGUAUUAAUUUCUUUCAAAAAUAAAAAAAAUGUACUGACCCCAAACUUUUGAAAGGUAGUGCAUAUUGUUAGAAAAAAACUUCUAUUUUAAAUAAAUGCUGUUCUUUUUAACUUUUGAUUCAUCAAAUAACCCUGAAAAAAAGAAUCAGGUUCCAAAAAAAUAUUAGGCAGCACUGAUAAUUAAUCAGCAUAUUAGAAUGAUUUCUGAAGGAUCAUGUGAAACUGGAUACUGGAGUAAUGAUACUGCAAAUUCAACUUUGAUCACAGGAAUAAAUGAGAUUAUGUAUAUUAAAAUAGAAAAAUUAUAUUUCUAUUAUAUUCAAUAUUAUAUUUUUUUCUGGAUUUUUGAUCAAAUAAACAGCCUUGAUUAGCAUUCAGACUUUUCUUAAAAAAUAAAUCUUACUGAUCCCAAACUUUUGAACGGCAUUGUACGUAAUUUUAAUAAUAAAACCUGGUAUGCAAAAAGGGAAAUCGGGGUCUACCUCUGUGUUGUAGAUAUCAACUAUCCCGUUUUUUCAAAAUAAAGGGAAAUUUAACUUCA